CCCUGCACCUCCGAGCCUCUUCAGUGCAAUGUCCCGCCUGCUGCACGUAGAGGAGUGGGCUGAAGUGAAGGAGUUAGGGGACCACCAUCGCCAUCCCCAGUCUCACCACCUCCCGCAGCCGCCACAGCCACCUGCGACCCUGCAGACCAGAGAGCAUCCUGUCUACCCGGCCGAGCUGUCCCUCCUGGACAGCACCGACCCACGCGCCUGGCUGGCCCCCACUUUGCAGGGUAUCUGCACGGCACGCGCCGCCCAGUAUUUGCUGCAUUCCCCCGAGCUGGGUGCCUCUGAGGCCGCGGCGCCUCGGGAGGAGGUGGACAGCCGGGGGGAGCUGGUGAGGAGAAGUGGCGGCGGCAGCAGUAACAAGAGCCCUGGCCCCGUGAAAGUGCGCGAACAGCUGUGCAAGCUGAAAGGCGGGGUGGUGGUUGAAGACCUGGGCUGCAGCCGCCAGCGUGCCCCUUCCAGCAAACAGGUGAACGGGGUGCAGAAGCAAAGGCGGCUGGCGGCCAACGCCAGGGAGCGGCGCAGGAUGCACGGGCUGAACCACGCCUUCGACCAGCUGCGCAAUGUUAUCCCGUCCUUCAACAACGACAAGAAGCUGUCCAAGUACGAGACCCUGCAGAUGGCCCAGAUCUACAUCAACGCCUUGUCCGAGCUUCUCCAAACGCCCAACGGCGGGGAGCAGCCACCGCCACCGCCAGCGUCUUGCAAAAGCGACCACCACCACCUUCGCACCGCCGCCCCCUAUGAGGGCGGUGCGGGCACGGUGACCGCAGCUGGGGCACAGCCGGCGUCCGGAGCGGGCCAGCGGCCCACCCAGCCUGGAAGUUGCCGGACUCGCUUCUCGGCCCCGGCCUCGGCGGGAGGAUAUUCCGUGCAGCUUGACGCUUUGCAUUUCUCGACUUUCGAGGACAGCGCCUUGACGGCGAUGAUGGCGCAAAAGAACCUGUCGCCUUCGCUGCCCGGGGGAAUCUUGCAGCCAGUGCAGGAGGAAAGUAGCAAAACUUCUCCCAGGUCUCACAGAAGCGACGGAGAGUUUUCCCCCCAUUCCCAUUACAGUGACUCGGAUGAGGCAAGUUAGGAAGGUGACAAACACCCUGAAAACUGAGACAGAAACAAAAUCGUCCUUUCCCAGUGCGCGGGGAGCCCCGCGGUUAAAGAUCCCCGCACCCUUUUAAUUUUUCCUGGGCUAUGGUCGUUGUUUAGCAACGACUUGGCUUCAGAUGGCAGCUACAUUUGAUGCUUUGCAAAAGCCGCCGCUAUUCCAAACUUCCUGUCGUCCAAUAUUGUUUAAUGAAAGCUUGUUAAAGUUAUUUUCUUCCCUCCCACCUUCUUCUCCCCCUGUAGAUAACAGAAAAGGUAUAAUUAAUUAUAUGUACCCAUAUAUGGCAUCAUUAUUCUAGUUCCCUGCUGCCAAUACGCUGCUAAAACGUUGCAUCUUCUCUCUGCUGGUUUGUGUUUAAUUUAUUUUAUGCCCUGGGCAUCCAUCCCUGUGUGUUGCGCGCACUCACGCCUGGGAGAGUUAGUAUUCCUAAGUUGUUUCCCAAAAUGCAUUACGAAACGCAAAGUUAAGACUUCCAAAGUAAAUAACUUUUGGCUAUGGAAUUGUUCGAAAACGGGGAACUUGGGAGUUUAUAUACUGUAUGAACGUACCCAGUCUGUGUAUGGGAUCGCGAGAAAGUUGGCGUCUUUUAGGAAACUUGGCGCACGCACUUUAUCAGCCGCUACUGCUGUGGCUCUGGGACAAACCAACUGCCAAUUGCAGACCAGUUAUG